GGGACCGGAGCGGGCGGCGGGAAAGGUGCGGAUGGCCGCGCAGCGCGGAGACACGCGGUGGGGCCGGCGGCCGGCAGCCUAUUUAGGGCAGGGCGUCUGCGGGAGCGGCCGGGGCUGCGCUUAUGGCUGCCCCGGGGGACGAGGUGCUGGACGGCUACAUGUACCCGGCGUGCGUCCCCUACUCGUACCCGUACCCCUACCCGCCCACCGCCAAGGGCAAGGGCGAGGCGGGAGGCUGGCGGCACCGGGGCGGGGGCUACGCUCCCGCGUCCUCCUCCUCGUCGUCCUCCUCUGCCGGGGCGGCCUUGCCGGCUUUCCCGGGCUGCGGGCAGCUGACGGCCGCCGAGUAUUUCGACAGCUACCAGCGGGCGCAGCUCAUGGCCCUCCUGUCGCAGGUGAGCCCGGACCUCGGCCCGCGGCCCCGCAGGGCCAGCAGCCGGGACGUGGCGGUGCAGGUGAACCCGCGCCGCGACGCCUCGGUGCAGUGCUCGCUGGGGCGGCGCACGCUGCUGCGCAGGGUCCGCGACUCCGGCCCCCCGGCCGGGCCCGGCACCGAGGGCGCGGCGGGCGCGGGCGGCUCGGGGUCCCCGCAGUCGGCGCGCCGCGGCCCCGAACAGGGCAGCCCCCCGAGCGGCGCCCCUCGGACCGUGCGCUUCCCGCGCACCGUCGCCGUGUACUCGCCCGUGGCCUCCCGCCGCCUCACCACCUUCCUGGAAGGGGCCGACGGCGCGGCGGGGGAGCAGCGGCCCGGGGCGCCCGAGGGAGAGCGAAGGACCCCGCCUCCGAGGCCCCGAGGCCCCGAGGAGGGAGAGGGGUCGGCGAGGAAGGCGCCCCAACGGUCGCAGUCCGAGGAGGAGGAGGAGGGGGACGACGACGCGGCCCAGGCCGCGGUGCGGAAGAGCUGGGAGCCGCCGGGCGCCGGGCUGCAGCCGCGGGAGGCCCGGGGUGACGAGGCGGCCCAGCGGCGCCCGCCCAGGGGUCCGGAGCAGUCCCCGCCGGUGGGGCAGGCCCGGGACGCCGCGGGCCAGAGGUCGUCGCCGCGGAGCCCCGAGCAGGCCAAGGAGAGGCCGCGCUUCCAGUUCUUAGAGCAGAAGUAUGGCUACUAUCACUGCAAGGAUUGCAACAUCCGAUGGGAAAGUGCCUACGUGUGGUGUGUGCAGGGCACCAACAAGGUUUACUUCAAGCAGUUCUGCAGAACUUGUCAGAAGUCUUACAACCCUUACCGAGUGGAGGAUAUCACGUGUCAAAGUUGUAAACAGACUAGAUGCUCCUGUCCUGUAAAACUCCGCCACGUUGACCCUAAAAGGCCCCACCGUCAAGAUUUGUGUGGGAGAUGCAAGGGCAAACGCCUAUCCUGUGACAGCACUUUCAGCUUCAAAUACAUCAUUUAAAUGAAUGUAAACGGAUGGGCCAACUUGAACGUGAGCUAGUGAAGCAGACACGUUAGCUUUUUUCCGUGCUCCUUCCUUAUGCCUCUCCUUCUCAAAAUACUUCAUGAAAGGCUGUAUUUUUGACAGAGCCUUCAAAUAAAAGUAUUGCAAAACAAUUGAUAAAUUGCAGAAGAUCUUUUUUUUUAAGUUGAAAGCUGCUCAUGCUAACAGUCUGGGUCUGUCACUUUGUUAGAGGGCCUCACAGCUGUCAGGUUUCCUGCUUAUGUGUGUCUGUAGGGCUGAAGCUUACAAGCAAGAUGCUGAUUGAAUGAACAGCCAUGUCACCAUUAAAGUCGUUUUUCGGGUGAGGUAGAGUUAGAGUGAGGCCUUAAUGUAUGAGGAGAGUUAGGGUUCUGACUCUGGGUUGCCCCCCGAGCGGCUGGCUAGCUGUGGGUGGCAUCUAGUGGGGAGGGAGGCUGUGAACCACAUGGACUGGUUGAUCACAAUUUCACAUAGGGUACAGGUGGGGACCAGAACGGGGUGGCCAUGGGCAGCUUCUUUAAGACUUCAGGUGGUAACUUAAAAAUAAGCCUAUUAAAUGUACUUGAAGAUUUCAAGUUAACCGACUACUUAGGCUAGGUCCUUGUCCUGUAGUUUGUAUAACUGCAAACUAACAUAGGAAUUCGUAUCCUAGCUGCACCUGCCGGCUUUCUACAGGACUCCCAAGAAAAUACUAAGGCCCUGCUCCCAGAGCUCUCCUGCUUGGGGAUGGCAGUUUGUCUAGAGCCUUCAGGGACUUGUAAUGAAAUCAGCUGAGGGUUGUUGGUUUAAUAGUUAUGGAAACCACAUAACUGGAACCAAUUACUAAUUAUGCCUCUUUCCGAUUUUUUUUUUUUCCUUGAAGUUGAGAGAGAGAGAGACAGAGGAUCUGAAGCGGGCUCUGUGCUGACAGCAGCAAGCCCGAUGUGGGGCUUGAACUCACAAACUGUAAGCUCAUGACCUGAGCCGAAAGCACAUGCUUAACCAACUGUGCCACCCAGAUGCCCCUUCCUUCCAAUUUUCUUAUCCCAUUUAAGUUAACCCUUAUGACCUUAGCUAUGUCUGUUAAGAUCUUGGAUGCUUGGGUGUAGACAAAUGUGAGGAAUAAGGAACCUAAACGGAGUUUGAGGUCUCUUGAAUCCUUAGAGCAAUGGGAAGUCCCCUCAGACUUCAUAUGGACUUAGGAAGGUGCUUGUGAAAACAGAGUCCAAGGCCCCUAUCCCUACUGAAUCACUAUCUGGGACUGAGGCAUUUUAACAAGCACCCUGGGGAUUGCUUAUGGAAUUGAAGUAUGGAACUACCACCUGGGUCAGGCUUGUACUUUGCAAAAACAUGGAUGUGGCCUCUGCCCUUAUGGAGCUUCCAGUGUAGUGAGUAGAUGGCCAUUAUUUUCUGCAUUGGAAAAAAAAAAAGGAACAUGGAGUUCCUGCCAUCUAAUAGGAAAGAGCUACUUGGUCAAUUGAUAGAGGCCUGUGAUAGAGGAUCAUAUUUAGGGAGGUCAGGGGAACACUUGCCUGAAAAAUGACUCUUGGGCUGACCUGAAGUUUGGGUGAGUUGAAUUAGUUGAAGAGGGGAAGGAGAAACUUUCCAGACUAAGGUAGCAUGUGCAAAGGCCCAGUGGCAGUGAAAACCAGAAGGAAGCCGAAGUGGUAGAAUGCUGUGGAGGACAAGGAUGAGCAUGAUGGCAAGUGACAGUAUGCCCAGACUGGGGGGAUUUUUUAGGCCUUGCUCAGGAGGACUGGUCUUUGUCCUCAGAAUUCACUAGAAGGUUUUAAAGCCAUUAAAGCUUUUUUUUUUUUAAUUUUUUUAACGUUUAUUUAUUUUUGAGACAGAGACAGAGCAUGAACGGGGGAGGGGCAGAGAGAGAGGGAGACACAGAAUCGGAAGCAGGCUCCAGGCUCUGAGCCAUCAGCCCAGAGCCUGACGCGGGGCUCGAACUCACCGUGAGAUUGUGACCUGAGCCGAAGUCGGACGUUUAACUGACUGAGCCACCCAGGCGCCCCAAAGCCAUUAAAGCUUUUUAACAGGUGUGUUAAAAAGAAAUAAUCACUCUAGCUGUACAGUGGAUGAAUGACAGCUCUAGGUGUGGGGGAGGGCGAUGUUCUAACACCCGUUCCUACUGGUUUGGUUGAGGGUAGGGACAGGGAAACUUAUUUGUGCAAGUGCACUCAGUAAACACUUUGUGGAAUGAGUGAGGGGACAAUAGAAAUAACACCUGCAGUGAGUCCUAAGGCUAUCAAUAUGGGGAGUUACGUCAAGUAGCUUAUCAUUAUUUUUCCAAACAGAGCAACUAACGUAUUUUACAGUCGAGAGGACAGCAAGGAUCAAAGUAGGUUUUACUUAGAUUUAGCUGGCAUUGAACAAUGCUGCACAAAGACAUCUUUGUUAUAAAAGUUGUGGUGAUGACGUUCUAGCAACUAGAAAGUGCUAUCAAACUGUGUACGAAGGAAAUUUAUAAAAUGUGUGUGUGUAUAUAUAUAUAUACACACACACACACACACACUUUUUUUUUUUUUUUUUUAGUAAGAGAUUGAGAGCCUAGAAGGAAAUAGCCCAGAAUACUGUUUUCUCUGGGUGUCAGUGAUUCCACUUUUCCCCGUAUUUCAUACAUUUGCUAAGGGGACAGUGGGUUCUUUUGAAAAAAAAAAUCUGUAUAAAUGCCAUGAAGUACAAUGAUAAUUAUGUUGAUUCUAAUAUCCUGUUUCUUUUCACGUGGGUUCUAACGGCACGGUGUACGAGCACUUCUCUUGGAUCCAAACGAGGAAGGCUCACUGUGGCUUUGGUUGAGUCUGUUCCAAGAGAAUGAAUGUUUAUUUCCUAAAUUUAUGGUAGACUGUGGGUUGUACAGUACCCUCUAGAUCACUAAAAGUAGAAAAUAUUUUCUAAAUUGUGUUUAAAAAAAAAAAAAAAGGCGUUUGCUUUCUAUUUUAGAAGCCGAAUGAAGAAACUGCCAGAUCCCUUCUCUUGGUGUUGUUUUACAAGCUGACUACUUAAAAAAUGAUCAACUUAAGGGGCAAAAGAAAAAGGCUGUACAAGCACAAAGGGCUUGAUCAGAACUGCAUAAGGUAAUUAAUAAAUUAAGCACUUGAUACAUUUUUGUUAAAUGCAAAGGGACCAUCCUGAUGACUUUAUAUUUGCAUCUUGCUUUCUGUAGGUAUAUUCAUCAUAUUACUUUAUUAAUAGAUUUAGCUACAUACACAUGAAAAGGAAAUUCCAACUGUUCAGGGUUUGGUUUGGGUAAUAGUCAACCUCAUUUGCUCUCAACUUCGUUCUCCCCCUUUUAGGGAAAGUUAUCUUAAGAACAAGGAUCAUAUUUGCCAAGUCCCUAAAUGAUGCACACUGUAAUCAUUGACUUUUAAAAUACAACACAAACCAACAGCUACAAUGCUUUUUAUUUUAACAAAAAGGAUAUAAGAGGGGGAUGGUAAGAUAGGGGAUGGUAAGAUAGGAUGUAAAGUGUGGGGGGGGGGUCUCUGGACACCAUCCCUCUCUUCCUGCCCCACACCCAAAAGUUAUUAAAUAAUUUAAAGGACACCAUUUACAGUACCAGAACACCAUCAAAAUAAUUUUUUUUUUUUUUAUCAGGGUCAAAAAAUACAGUGAUUACGAAUGUGCCGUGACCAGUUAUGGAAUUUUACAGGUAACAUAACUAGUCAGCAGUCCAACGGCGUGCACAGUGCCUUCAAUUAAUGCACUUGAGCAUAAUUACAUUUCUGGCAGGGUCCACACCCCCAAGAAAAGGCAAAGCUAAGCAUUUCAUUUCUACAUUCUAAACUCUGCGGUCACAGAGCCCAGUUUAAAAGAAAGUCACAGUGGAUAAGAGAUGCCUAUAAAAAAUACAAGGUGUUCCUUUCAAAUCAGAGGAGUUGUGGGACUACAUUCAUUUCUUUUACAAAAUGCUAUUUAAAAAAGGACAGAGAAUCCAGUUCGUGUUAUGCUACAGACUUAGACAGUGAGUAAGUAUAUUGCAUGUUUUGGUAGUCAGUCUUCAGGCUUCCUUUCAUUUUCCCCCAUAGCCCCAGGUUCCUUUUGGGUGAGACACGUGAGUCCUGAAUGAACAUAUAAAACUGGGUUUGCAUCUCUCUUCUUGAAUUCUGCAGACUUCAGAGCCUGCAAGUCUUAUAUUCUACCAUCAGUGACCACGCUCUUUUCUUUAGCUUUGUACACCUAUUCUUGUAUAACAGUGCAUUGCACAAACGUACAAUACUGGUUUUAAUCUAUACAGUUUCUAUAAUAAUUAUGGAGUAAAAUAAGUUAACUUUCCUAAUGAGAAUAGCUGACGGGCAGCAUACAUCUUUAUUUUACAUUUUAAAGUCUCUGCAGGCAUCUACUUUGGUUAGUUAUCAACAAUCGUAAUGUAAGCACUGGUCAGAGAGCUGAGCAGCAUUCCAAUAACAUUAACAGAUAUAUUAUUUCUUUUCGAAAUACCGGGAAAGCCCAGUUUUAAAAUAUUAUUAAAAUGUUCUAACAUUUACACACUAUGAAGAGUUAGAUCUAAUAAAAUAAAAUUUCUUCAAAAAUAAUCUUGCAGUGCUCUUUUAGGCAUGCUGACACGUUAUCACCAAACAUCCAUACCUUGAAAAUAGGACUGUCACAUAUUCACACAUCCCAGCUCACGCACACACAAUCCCUUGUACAGACUGAAAAACAAAACACCCACACCCUCAUCCCACGUGUUGAAAAAAAGUCAAUGGUUUUUGCAAAGAAGUCUCUCCGUGUCUGUCUAUCCGACUAAAGGUUCUUCACGUAGAUAAUGAAGCAUCGACUGUGGAGCAUCCACACAGCCCUGCAGGUUGUCAGCUAAAAUGAACGAGCCUGGGUUUUAGCCUCACGUCACCUGCUUUCCAACGUCUCAGUAUUAGAGGCCAUUAUUGCAAACAGUCCUAGAAUUCUCUUCUUUCUCCAGAAAGUCAUGUAUUUGUACGCAUCACUCUUAGCCCUUUUCUUUUCACCUAGGUUAAGUAAUUAAAAACUCCUUCUUCAUACGGUUAUUGUAGGAGGUAUUGGCAGCCAUUAGAUUUCUUUUUUUUUUUUUUCUUCCUUAGAUCUUUGACUCUGAUACCGGUUUGA